AUGUAUUCCAAGGCCCUUACUGCUCUGGCUGCCGCCAGCCUUGCAAGCCAGGCCAUGGCUGUGGCUGUUGGCGCCCACCAGCAUGGACAUCAGCACUUGCACGACAAGAGAGCAAUUGUCACCCAGGUCACGACGGUCACUGAUUGGGUUACUGUCACCGUGACCGAGGGCGAGACCGCCCCUACUGAGCAGGCGUUCUACACCAAUGCCGGCCGACCCAAGCAACGUCCUAGCUCUUCGACUAGCUCUUCAAGUAGCUCCUCAGUCUCUGUUGCCGCACCUGUCGUUGAGGUUCCCUCAACCACCAUUAUCACUCAAGUUCAACAGACCACUGCUGUCCCAGAAACGAGCACCCCGCCUGCCAAUGACGCUACGACAGAAGUGGUCUCUACUCCACCGGCAGUGGUUGCGCCCUCGAGCACCGAGGCUCCCCAAGCUUCCCAGGCUCCGGCAAACGGUGGAAGCAGCGGGAGCGGGGAGACAGGCGGUCCCAAGCGCGGUCUUGCUUACAACGAUCCCCAGCUGUUGAAGGCUUUCAUCAAUACCGGGACCAAGGUCUCGUGGACUUACAACUGGGGGCAGUACGACGACUCUGGCGUUGACCUCGAGUUCUGCCCCAUGCUGUGGGGUCUGAAGCUCGAUUUUGCCCAGACCUGGCCAGCGAACGCUCAGAAGGCGAUUGAUGCCGGGUCCAAGUGCCUGUUCAGCUUCAACGAACCAGACCUAGGGGCGCAGGCCAACCUGUCGCCGCAGGUGGCUGCCACCAAGCAUAUCGAGCUGAUGAACCCGUUCUCUGGCAAGGCCCUGAUCGGCGCUCCGGCCAUAACCAACAGUGGCGACCCGAACCAGGGCGUGGGUUGGUUGAAGCAGUGGUUCGACGCGUGUGGCGGCAAGUGCGCGGUUGAUUUCGUCAACAUCCACAUCUACGGGGUCGACACGAAUACGUUCCUCAGCCAUGUCCGCAACGUCUACGCCACGUUCCAGAAGCCCGUCUGGAUCACCGAGUUUGCCUUUGACGGCUCUGACGACCAGAUCAAUUCGCAGCUCGCGACCGUCAUUGAUCAAAUCGAGAACAACUCGACGUAUUCCUUCGUCCAGCGGUACUCGUACUUCAUGGUGCAGCAGGGUACUAUGGUGAAGGGCAACUCGCUCAGCACCUACGGCAACACAUUCGCCUACGGUGCCUAA